AUGGCUCAUGUAAUAACUCGUAUUAAUGCCCGUGAAAUUUUAGAUUCUAGAGGAAACCCAACUGUAGAAGUUGACUUAGAGACCAACUUAGGUAUUUUCAGAGCUGCCGUACCAUCUGGUGCCUCCACUGGUAUUUAUGAAGCCUUAGAAUUAAGAGAUAAUGACAAGAGCAGGUACUUAGGAAAGGGUGUUCAAAAAGCUAUCAAGAACAUUAAUGAAAUUAUUGCUCCAAAAUUAAUUGGAAUGAAUUGUACUGAACAAAAGAAAAUUGACAAUUUAAUGGUUGAAGAAUUAGAUGGAAGUAAAAAUGAAUGGGGAUGGUCAAAAAGUAAAUUAGGAGCUAAUGCUAUUUUAGCUAUAUCCAUGGCUGUAUGUAGAGCUGGUGCAGCUGCUAAUAAAGUAUCUUUAUACAAAUAUUUGGCACAAUUAGCUGGAAAGAAAAGUGACCAAAUGGUAUUACCAGUACCUUGUUUAAACGUUAUCAAUGGAGGAUCCCAUGCAGGAAACAAAUUAUCUUUCCAAGAAUUUAUGAUAGUGCCAGUUGGUGCUCCAUCAUUUAAAGAAGCCUUAAGAUAUGGUGCUGAAGUAUACCAUACCUUAAAAUCAGAAAUUAAAAAGAAAUAUGGUAUUGAUGCAACCAAUGUAGGUGAUGAAGGUGGAUUUGCUCCAAAUAUAUUAAACGCUAAUGAAGCUCUUGAUUUAUUAGUAACUGCCAUUAAAUCAGCUGGUUAUGAAGGAAAGGUUAAAAUUGCUAUGGAUGUUGCAGCUUCUGAAUUUUACAACAGUGAAAACAAAACAUACGAUUUAGAUUUCAAAACUCCAAAUAAUGACAAAUCAUUAGUUAAGACUGGAGCUCAAUUAGUUGACUUAUAUAUUGAUUUAGUAAAGAAAUAUCCAAUUGUUUCUAUUGAAGAUCCAUUUGAUCAAGAUGAUUGGGAAAAUUAUGCUAAAUUAACAGCAGCUAUUGGAAAGGAUGUUCAAAUUGUUGGUGAUGAUUUAUUAGUUACAAACCCAACCAGAAUUACUAAAGCUCUUGAAAAAAAUGCUUGCAAUGCCUUACUUCUUAAAGUUAACCAAAUCGGUUCUAUUACUGAAGCCAUUGAAGCUUGCUUAUUAUCUCAAAAAAAUAACUGGGGUGUUAUGGUUUCUCACAGAUCUGGUGAAACUGAAGAUGUUUUUAUUGCUGAUUUAGUUGUUGCUUUAAGAACCGGACAAAUCAAAACAGGAGCACCAUGCAGAAGUGAAAGAAACGCCAAAUAUAACCAAUUAUUAAGAAUUGAAGAAUCUUUAGGAAACAAUGCUGUUUUUGCUGGAGAAAAAUUUAGAUUACAAUUAAAUUAA